AUCUUUGCAACUUUAAGUAUGAGUGAAGAGGGAACGAGCAAGAAGUUUGGAUCACUAGCGACGCUAGAGGCAGUAAAGGCUAUUCAGGUUUGUGAGAGGAUGGAAGUUGAUCCCAUUGAAAGUCAACAUGAGGCAGAACUUCUGGCUGAAUUUGAGCGUAGGCGACGUGCUCGAACUCUUACUCUACCUACUGACGAUGUACAGGUGAAAUUAAAACUACGAAAGUUGAAUCAGCCGAUAUGCUUGUUCGGAGAGGACAUCCUUGACAGAAGAGAGCGUCUUCGUGCAUUGCUUUCCACAAUGACAGAAGAUGAGGUCGCAAAAAUCCUGCAUACUGAAGAAGGUUUCGUCGAAAAGCCAGACGAAGAGACAACGACAUGGUAUCAUCGUGGUCCAAUGUCGUUGCGUGCAGCUCGCGUGGCUAUUGCAGACUUUUCCCUACGCAGAGCAAAGGAGAGACUGAUUCGUGCACGUGAAAAUGCCGCACGACCACCGCAUGAAAAGGCACUGGCACGUCAAGAAGCACAUAAGUGGAUACAGCAGUUGAAUUUACAUGCUUCUCAAGUUGCGGAUAGUCGACCUGUGGCAUUCUGCGAAUUUUCUCCUGACUCUGAACACAUUGUAACUGCUGGUUGGUCUGGUCAACCAUCAGUAUGGCGCAGGGAGACAUGUGAGCGCAUGAUACGAUAUGUUGGACACCAGUCACAGUCUGGUUGCGCUCGAUUUCACCCGCAUGCUUUUAUAUCAGCAGAUUUGUCUGAGCUAAACGUGGCCAGCUGCGCACAUGAUGGAACAGUGUAUUUAUGGUCCUUGGAUAAUGAAAAGCCACUGGCUGAACUGGAGAAACACGAAGCUCGUGUAUCUCGGCUGGCUUUUCAUCCAAACGGUCGGCAUUUGGCGACAGCCUGGUAUCUACGAUUCUUCAUGGAGAAUUCAGUCGCAGAUGUAGCUUUUCAUCCUGAUGGUUCGGUAGCACUAACUGGUGGUCUUGACUGCUAUGGGCGGGUUUGGGAUUUAAGAACUGGGCGAUGUAUCAUGUUCCUGGAUGGUCACACUAAAGAAUUAUACACGGUUGACUGGCUUCCAAAUGGGUUUCCUUCGGUUAACUUAAUCGUUGAUAUGGUCAACAUCGGGAUGCCGGUAUUUCAGGUCAUGUGUGUUGAUAUCAGUCCGAACGGUAAAUGGAUAAUAUCUUCAGCAUUUGACCGCACAUUCAAGUUGUGGACUCAGUCAGAGUACUGA